ACUCCAGGGCGGCUUCCCACUCCGGAGAGCGAGGCCCGGCGGUGCGGAGGCUGCGGCACGCACGCACUGCGGCCGGAGCCGCUUUGCGUCCAGCGGCGGCCACUCAAGGCGCCUUUUCCCGGCAGCGGGCUGGGCGUGUUCGCUGCCUCUCGAGCGCUUGGAAAAGCCAAAAGCUAGCCCCCAGCCGUUCGGCCAUUAUACGCGCCCCCAAGCCGCACGAGGACAGCGGGAGGGGACGGACGCUAACUGAGCUCUCCCAGGGAAGGGAAAGGGCGCCGGGCGGGGUGAGGAGGGAGGUAGGAAGGAGGAUCGCGAAGUUCACGGCCAGCGGUGGACUACCCCGGCCUCGCGCGUCUGGGGGUGUCGGAAUGCGCGAGGAGGACAAGGGCAUGCUCGGCAGUGGCAGUGGCGAUGGGGGCCUGGCCAGCGCCGCGGCGCGGGGGCAAGUGGAGACGGUGCGGCAGCUCCUGGAAGCCGGCGCGGAUCCCAACCGAGUCAAUCGCUUCGGGAGGCGCCCGAUCCAGGUCAUGAUGAUGGGCAGCGCCCGUGUGGCGGAGCUGCUGCUGCUCCACGGCGCUGAGCCCAACUGCGCAGACCCCGCCACCCUCACCCGACCGGUGCACGACGCCGCGCGGGAGGGCUUCCUGGACACGCUGAUGGUGCUGCAACGCGCCGGGGCGCGGCUGGACGUGCGCGACGCCUGGGGCCGCCUGCCCGUGGACCUGGCUGAGGAGCGGGGUCACCGCGACGUCGCCCUGUACCUGCGUGCGGCCGCGGGGGACUGAUGGCGGGCGCAUCCAGCCGCCCACGACUUUUCUCCCCCGUUUCCCACCCCACCUAGUUCAAUGACCAUUGCAAACGUGGAGCGGCGGAGAUCCUGCACGCCUUCCUGAGCCGCCGACUCCGCUGAGGAAGGAGGAGCAAGCCCGGAAUAAAAUUCAUUUGUGCUUUUUGCUGGAUCCGGCCUUAGGCUCUCACCGUGAAGCCACAUGCAGGAAGGUGGGGCCCAUGGGUUGAUUUCCAGAGAGAUUUAGGGGUGGGAUGUGGAGUGCGCCGGUGUCGUUCACUUUUUGGAGUUGCCUGGCGGAAAGUGGCGUGCGAAGAAGUCUGCAAACCAUCCUGGCGCCUGCGAACCUGCACACAGAUGACGCUGGGGAGGAGUGGGAGGCGGAUGACUGGCUUUUGGGUGUGGGGUGGUCGGUGUUUUGUCCCACAGACAGCGAAGAACCGCAGUCUGAACCCCGCUGCGCGCCAAAGGCCCUGGGGCUAUGAAGGAAAAUCUGAAGACUGAGGCCCAGACAACUAUGAGAGUCGUGUGGGCAGCAGUGAGCAACCAACCCUUUACUCGCUGUGCGGUGUGCGGUAAGUCAAGGGUGAAACGAUGCCUUCUGGAAGCUUGAUGCCUUCUGGAAGCUCGGGAAACUGGCACCCAGCCCCACGAAAUAGUGGAGGGGAAAUAGAAGACGUGGAAGCGAUGGCGGAUUUGCCGGCAAACUCUAAAAUCCCUGGGUCACCUUGAUGCAGAGCCACGCUCCAAAAGGUGCUGGCUCUUGCUCGUAUUCCGUCCUGGAGCGCUUCCCAGGGCAUUCCAGAGGCGCCGGAGUCACAGUGCGCAGAACCAAGUGGGAGGUGCUAAGGAGAGUAACUGUAGCGGUUUGCUUCAUCUACAUACGGAAAUCCCCCUGUAAAUUGCCGCUUGGAAAGAUUUCCUAAUAUUUUGUACUUCUGAGUUUUUCUUCAGUGACAGUUUUAUUUAAUGGGGAGACCUGAAAUAACAAAGUAGCCCUUAGUAACGCGGUGAAAAAGAACUACAGCUCUUAAAAGAAGCAAAGGCAAGGCACAGUGGCAAACUUAGGGUCGAACGCCUCCAUUACUUUCACUUUUAACCUAUUUCUUCUGUUAAAUUCUCUGACCGUUUCCUCUACCCAGGUGUCUCAAGGGCCAAACUAUUAAAUAUUCCAAAUGUCUUUCAGAAAAUCAGCGCACUUAUCCAGUAAAAUAUCUGGAGAUAUUUCCCAAAGGGUUGCUGAAAGAAAUUGAGUAUAAAACCGCUGAAAUAUAUCGUGAUGGCUUCUGGAAUUUUUUCUUUAUAUCUGCUGAACAACUAAAGGUGCACUGCUUUGAGGUUUAAUAUCCUGUAUUGUUGGACUCAUUAUGUAUUGGAACAACAGAGAUUUCACGGCUUUAAUGAAGACUAAACAACAGAAAUUGAACUCCAAGAUGCAGAUUCAAAUUUUGGUUUAAAAUGUUCAUGGAUUUACCACUACUGAGAAAUGUUGAAGACUCAAAGGGGUUCACUUCUCUCAUUCUCUGUAAUAAUUGUUAAGUGAUGCCAACAACAGUUUAUAAGAACUGCUUCUAUAAGCCAUAGAGAGUUAUUAUAUAUUAUGAGAUAGGUACAUACAUUGUGCUUUUUUAAGUAUCCAGUUUACCAUAUAUAAAUUGGAAAGAGAGGAAACAGACCAAAGAAAUUAUUUUAGAGUAGAGACUUAUAAGACUUAUUUGUGUAUCUGAGCUAAAUAUACACAUCUUUACUUCUCCAUCAAUUCUUUAUCCCCAAAAGUAAUAUAUUACUGGGGAAGCUUAGUUAGGAAUCUGAGCAUAUCUAAUUGGGAAAACAAAUAAACAUUGACAAACAACUUGUGCCACGGAUACUUUAUAUGUGUUUACUUAACACUUAAAACAAAUGUGAGAGAUAGGUAUUGUUUCCCAGAUGAGGAUAAUGAGGCCAAGAAGUCACAAGAGUCCACGGUUGCACAAAGUCAGUGUGUCUGGCUCCAGAGAUAUGUUAUCCCCCUCCCCCCGCCAGCAUUAACCUGUUGUCCAAAAUUAUUAAUGAUAUAUAUGAAGUUGAAAAAAAAUUUUUUUUCAACUAAUUUAUUUUUAAAGAGCAGAAACAAAAAUGGUUCUCCCUUAUAAAUUCCUGAGGGUUUUCUUUUCUUUCUAUAACAUCUAGUACAGUAUCAUAAAUAUAAGCGUAUUGUUUCAAAUUUAUUUUAAACUGUCAACAAUAUGAAAAACAGCCCCCAAAAGAAACACCUAAAAAAAAUGCAUUUGGAACAAAGAUAAUGAAACCCCCAUUUCUAAAUUAAGACACAAGGGCAGAAAAUACAAUUUCUGUUACCACUUAAGCAUUGAAUUAUCGGCUACAAGAACAGCAAUUUUUAGGUUUAUAUUGUUUUACAAUUACUAAGAAACAUUCUGCAUAAAAUUAGUCAGCUGACGAUUUCAAGUCCAUUUAAUUUAUAAAAUCCCUGAUGAUUUUGUGCUCUACUUCUUUAGUUCCAGUUGUUCAAUUAUGCUAUGUGCGUGAGACUGGGUAAUGAAGAAUGAUAAUCACUUGAGACAUAUGAAACAUGUGAUUUCAUUCCUAAUUUAAAGAAAUUGUGGUAUCUUUCCUAAUGACAACAGGGAAUUAAGGGGAAUAAGGUAUGGUUGUGGAUCCCAAAGUACCAUAUUAUAAUUUUUAUGAUUUUUUUAAUAAAGCAAAACCAAAACAUUAUUGGAAAUCAGUUACCACCUGGUGGUCCUGAAACAGUGAUUUAUUAAUGCCAUGUAAAAGUUAAUACAGUUUUCAAAGCCACCUGGAAGAUAGGUUUGGCUGGUAUGUUUUAUCAACAGCACAAAGAGGUGUAAAUUUAAGGAUUUCAUUUUAAAGGACACAUGCAAAAUAUAUAUGCCUACUAUAUACAUGAGCCCUGCUUUUGGUUCCAUUGUGAAAUUGCAGAAAAUUGAAUAUGCAUGUUAAUUUUUAUACCUAAGUUUGAAACAUUACCAAGGUUUGUAAAAAUUCUACCACCUGACCUUCAUUCCAAGAUCUGAAAGUAAAUUCAGGAAUUCAAUAUUCUGUUCACUCGGCCUCAUUUUUACCUUUCCUUUUUUCAGCUGACUGGACAGAUUAAAAAAAAAAAAAACUAUGAUUUACUUUAAAAGCAAAAUCCAUUUAAAA